AUGUGUGCAGAUCGCUCAACUUCCAUGGAAUGGCGACUUGAGGCAUUCGAAAGCAGACCGUCCUUAUGGAAAUUUAUUGAGGAAUACGUCCCCGAAAGUGAACGAAUCGAGAUCAAAGAAGCUUUGGGAGAAGAUCUGGUGGACGAAACCUUGGAUUUACACAAUGAGGUCAAUUAUAUUGAUGCAUCCAUCCUUCUUGAAAUCUGGCAAGACUACAGGGAAGAAACAGAGAAAGAAGAGAGAGAGAAAGCCCUGCAAAGACAUUUACAUAGACUUCCCGAGCCUCCAAUGAUAAGAGAAAAUCUUAAAAAAGAGAUUAAAAUGUUUGUGGAAAUGUUGCAGCAGAAAGCAAAGAAGGAAGGAAGGAAUCCAUCAAACAUUUUGAGUGACAAGGAGUCUGAUAUAGUGGAAUAUGUGUUUGACAAUGCAGCUGCUCGACCCUCCAGCUCAUCAAGUCGACCAUCCACUGCUCAUUCUUCCAGAGAUGGAAGGCAGUUGUUGGUAGAGGAGAAGGAAGGUCUUCUUGGAGACAUAACAUUUUUGCAGGUACAACUGAUGUGUCCUAUCAUGUUGUGA